UGUUGUUGGACUCUUAUUUUUUCCAUGAUGUAGAAUGCCAGCGAUGCCAAACAGCGCAGAAGUAAAAGGUCAACUCCAAGUCCGGUUCCAACAGCCAACUCAUUCCAAUGUUGUCGAUGCUGAUGUCUGUCCUGAGCAUUCCGAUGAAAGUCUGAUUAAGCCUCUCAUCCUCAUCCCACGACAAUACCCAUUUUUCUUUUUCUAAUCAUACUGUGUAUGAGUUUGAAGAAGAGCCAAAAUUCAGUGAUUAUAUAUCUGUAGUAUAAAAAGCUCAGACCCAGUUGAAGUUUUUAUGGGUAAAGGAGGUGGGUGUCUGCCAAGCAAGCAAAGGGCACCCAUAGGUGUUUCUGAUCAAGAUCCUCCAAACCCAGAGAGGGGCAGUUCUUCCAUCUCUGUCCAAAACCAAAUCUCAAGUGCUAAUGCAACCGCCGCCCCAGUUCAAGAUGGGGCUCUACAAGUACAACCGCCCAAGAAGCUCAAGAUUUUCAUAGUGUUUUACUCAAUGUACGGCCACGUGGAGAUUUUGGCGAAGAAAAUGAAGAAAGGGGUUGAUUCCGUUGAAGGGGUUGAAGGGGUUCUUUAUAGGGUCCCGGAGACGCUGGCGCCGGAGGUCUUGGAUCAGAUGAGGGUGCCUCAGAAGGACAAUGAGGCACCCGUGAUAUCUGCGGAGGGGCUGGUUGAGGCUGAUGGGUUGCUCUUCGGAUUUCCAACAAGGUACGGGAGCAUGGCGUCUCAGAUGAAGGCGUUUUUCGAUUCAACUGGGAAGCUAUGGGAGCAGCAGAGGCUGGUGGGCGUGCCUGCCGGGUUUUUCGUGAGUACCGGCACGCAGGGUGGCGGGCAGGAGACCACAGCUUGGACAGCAAUCACUCAGUUAGCUCACCAUGGGAUGGUUUAUGUUCCUAUCGGGUACACAUUCGGUGCCGAAAUGUUCAAAAUGGACUCCAUCAGAGGCGGAUCUCCAUACGGUGCUGGAGUAUUUUCCGGAGAUGGCACUAGGGAACCAAGUGAAACUGAGCUUGCUCUUGCAGAGCAUCAGGGUAGGUACAUGGCUGGUAUGGUCAAGAGGUUUGCCCAAUCUUCUUAACUUGUCCCUGGUCACAGCCUCAACUAGCCUGGCUAUACAGACAUUCAUGUCCAACUCCAUUUUUUCUGUCCUUGAUUAAUACAGAUUUUGCUCUUUUUGGGAUCUUCAGAUAUCAUGUGUUAAUAGAUUUUAGAUAGCUGAGCAGCAUUUCAUUUUAUACCUUGAAUAGAUUGUACCCCCCCGCAUAAUGAUUUUUACUUCAUUAUUUGUUCAAAAUGAUACAUUUGUAUAUGGUGUGAAAAUCUUCUAUUUUGAUUGUCUCGACUAUUAUCAUCAAUAAUAUGGUGGGUUUCUUCUUCUCCA